AUGGAUUACAGUUAUGAUGAAGAUCUUGAUGAAUUGUGUCCUGUCUGUGGGGACAAGGUGUCUGGGUACCACUAUGGUCUGCUUACCUGUGAGAGCUGCAAGGGAUUUUUUAAAAGGACUGUCCAGAAUAACAAGCGCUACACCUGCACCGAAAACCAGAGCUGUAAAAUAGACAAAACCCAAAGGAAAAGAUGCCCAUAUUGCCGUUUCCAGAAGUGUCUAAAUGUAGGGAUGAGGUUGGAAGCUGUACGUGCUGACCGCAUGAGAGGUGGGAGGAACAAGUUUGGGCCAAUGUACAAGCGAGACCGGGCCUUGAAACAACAGAAGAAAGCACUUAUUCGGGCCAAUGGCAUCAAACUGGAAACUGUCCCACAGAUUAUGUCUCCAGCUCAGAAUGACUACAACAUCUCUAACAACAUCCACUCCAUCCAUCCGGUGAACAAAAAUCUGCCUCCUAAUCCUGCCCCUGUUACACCUGUUGAGUAUGACCGAGGACCAUAUGGGCCUCCACAACUGGGAAUGACUAUGUCCAACCAUGCACAGUUAUCGGGUUACCAUUACUCUUCAUUUCCAAGUCGUACCAUCAAAUCUGAAUAUCCAGACCACUACACAAAUAUGCAUGAUCCAAGUACAGUAGGAAGCUAUGUAUACCCUGAGACUUACACCAGCAGUUCCCCUCCAGAUAUCCCAGAAGUGAUCCUUAAAUUGCUUCAAUUAGAACCUGAUGAGCCUCAAGUGAAAGCCCGGAUAGUAUCAUGUCUGCAGCAAGAACAGAACAAGAGCCGGCACGAGAAGCUCAGUAUGUUUGGUAUAAUGUGUAAAAUGGCUGACCAGACUCUCUUCUCCAUUGUAGAGUGGGCACGAAGCUGUAUUUACUUCAAAGAGCUGGAGGUCAGUGAUCAGAUGAUCUUGCUACAGAAUUGCUGGAGUGAGCUUUUGGUGUUUGACCAUAUCUACAGGCAAAUGCAAUACAGCAAGGAGAACAGUAUCCUGCUAGUUACAGGUCAAGAGAUUGAAAUGUCAGUGAUUGCUGCUCAGGCUGGAUCUACACUGAAUAACUUGGUUUUGAGAGCACAAGAAAUGGUCCUCUUUCUACACUCUUUGCAAGUAGACAGGCAGGAAUUUGUGUGUCUGAAAUUCCUUAUACUUUUCAGUCUAGAUGAGAAGUUCCUGGAAAACCAUAACCUAGCAAAGAGUGCUCAGGAGAAAGUCAACACAGCACUCCUCGAAUACACAAUGUGCCACUACCCUCACUGUACAGACAAGUAUCGCCUGCUCAUGCUUCGAUUAGCAGAAAUUAGAUCCAUCAGCAUGCAAGCCGAAGAGUAUCUCUACCACAAGCACCUUAGUGGGGAAGUCCCCUGCAACAACUUACUAAUUGAAAUGCUCCAUGCCAAGCGGGCUUGAGAGGCCACCGCGGCAUAUGACUCUGUAUCAUAACGUUCCAUAGAUUGCCCUCACGGCACUCUA